UCGUGGAAAUUUGUGUGCUAAGUUGAAGAUCUCGAAGGAUUUUUGUUGAGUUGUUGUUUUUGACGAAACAAAAUCAAUGAUAAUUUGAUUAAUUUUUGCAAAACUCGAGGAUGAAAAUUCGGAAAUGGUUCGCAGAAGUGGGAUUAUUUUAUUGAAUUCCUAGGGCGAUUGCUCAACUGUCAAUUUUUGAAGCUGAUCAGCUUUUGGUAAAAAUGAAUGGCUAAAUAUCUUCUAACUGCAUCAACUUAGAGACUGAUCAGUUGAUUAUAAAAACGACUCAAAAACUUAGAUGACCAAAAAACUGAUCAACUAUUACUCUUAACUCACAACUUGAUUAAAUUUUCAAGAAGAUAAUUUACGCAGCUGAUCAGUUAAGCAAGAAAACAAUUUAAAAGCUAGGUAACAAAAGAACGAGUCAAUUUUUCCUAUCUACUUUCUGUCUAAAUUGACUUGAUGACGAUCAACUUUGAAAUUGACCAGUUGAUCAACUAUCGCUGUCUACUUUCUUAGAUUUAUUCUCGAAAAGAUCAAUUUUGCAGCUGAUCAGCUGAUCACGAUAUCAUCUUUAGAGGAAGGUUUUAACUAACUAAAAGCCGGAUUAACUCUUUCUGUUUACUUUUUAUGUGAUUUAUUUUUAAGAAGUUCAAUCUUGCUGAUCAGCUGAUUGCAAAAACAAUUUAAAAGCUAGGUAACCUACAUAAAAGCAAGAAAAAUAUUUUUAUCUACUUUGUAAGAAGAUGAACUUUUCAGUUAAUCAGCUGAUUGUGAAACCAAAAAACGAAUCAACUGUUCCUUUCUACUUUCUAGCUAAAGUGAUUUGAAGAUCAACUUCAAAACUGAUCAAUUGAUUACGAAAAUCAUUUAAAUUCUAGAAAACCAAAAAACGAAUGAACUAUUUUUAUCUACUUUCUGUCUAAACUGUUUUGAAGACGAUAAAUUUUCCUAUUGAUCAGCUGACCACGAAACCAACUUGAAAGCUACGCAACCAAGAAAAGUGUCAACUGUUUCUAUCUACUUUCCAGCUUGAGUGAUUUGAAGAAGAUCAACUCCGAAACUGACCAGUUGAUCACAAAAUAACCUUCAGGACUUUCAAUACUUUUAAAGUUGAACAUCUGAUAAAAAUCUUUGAAAUCCAGAAACUCAAUAACAAUGAAAAACAAACUACGAAACAUUUACUUCCUCCUAUCACUAGCUGCUUGUUUUGCAGUGAUAAUGGAAUCAAAAUCAGAUCAUUCAAAUCUCGAUACCAAUGAAUCAAAUAGUUUCAGUGAAAAUAUUGGAGUUUGUUUUUCAAAAAAAUUGUACACUACAAUGGAAUGCAUAAAUCGUGGCGCAUUAAUUUCACUGCAAACCAUAAAUGAAAAGGAUGAUCUUAAUUUUGGUGAUAUGCGAUUUGAAAGAAGCGAGGGUCAAUCGCGUGAUCUUCUUGACCUAGAUUAUGAUCCAAAAGAUUUUGGAAAUGUCAUUGAAGCGGCAUCGCGACUAAUGGAGCGUAGAAAUUUUCAAUGGGAUAUGGGAAAUUUUUAUCCAGGUCUACAAAUGCGUGUUGGACCUACUUUAAACGCAAAUGGUGUACUCGAAUUUGUAUUGGAUGAACGAGUUUCUAAAUUAAACAAUAGACAAGCUGGAAGUGGUAGAACAUUGAUGAAACACGUUCUCCUGCCAUUUCUUCUGGGAUUCAAGUUCAAUUUAAUCUCAUUGAUUCCACUUGUAUUUGGUAUUCUUCUUUUUGUCACAAAAAAAGCAUUGAUAUUGACGAAAAUUGCAUUAAUACUCACUGGUCUAUUGGGAUGGAAUAAUAUAUUUUCUGGACCAGUUGGACCGACGCCACCGAUAAAUUUUAACGGUUUUGGCUACGGCAAUGGUUAUGGUUUGGACACAACGGUCGACGAUUAUCCUUAUCAUGAGCAUCAGGUACCCUAUCGACCAUUCGCAGGACAAAAUCCAGGAAUUACUCCCUAUGCGCAUGUUAUUCGCGAGGUUGUUAAUGUUUACGAUGCCGAGACGGAUGCUGAACGAUCUGAUGCAAGUUCGAGAAAUGGAAAGAAUUUCGUAUGGUCGAAGGAGUGAAAAGGAUUAUUGUAAUUUUCACUAUAUUAUUUAUUGUAUUUUUUAUUUUGUUUCUCUUGGGUAAGUUGUAAAAUAAAAAUUACCAAGAAAACAGUAGGAAAUUGUAGGAAAAUAAAAUACAAAUGCAAAUAGUAAUUUAUAGAUAUAUACAGUACUCAGAUAGCACGUAAUAUUGACCCAAGCUUACUGUGCAAGUUUUGCAAUCUUGCUGCAAGCUUCAAAUAUCCCAUCUAAAGAUUCCUUGCCGUGUAAGCUUGACAAAAUAUUUGCUUGCUUAAAUAUUGCUUUGUGAGUUUGCUGCAAUAUUGUGCUUGCAUAAGAAGCUUACCGCAUGCUUGCUGCAAGAUUACUUGCUAUGUACAUACGUAAUUUGAAGAUAUUAUAAAAGUAUACUUUUAUUAGAUUAGAAUAUUUAUAUUAUAUAA